UUAUCAGGGUAUACCCAAAAAGUUACAUUUUACUAAAUGUAUGUAAAAUUAAACAAAAAAUUGAAUUACCUAAUGCAAAUCGAUUGCUUUAAUCUGUGUUUAAUCAUGUUCGUUAAAGCGGUACCGUGCGCUUAGCGUUACAUUACAGUGCGUUUUACACAGUAUAAUGAGAAAAUUUUGACAUACUUUGGGACCGGUUUUUCGUUGUAAAAUGUUUACGUGACCUUGUUGAUUUAUCAUUAUCAUUCGUAUCACAAUUCGAAUGUCAGCUGCGUUAUUACUAACGAACUCAGUUCUACAUAAGACAGUUACUACGUUUGGUCUGGUUUUGAUGAUAUAACAAUAAACCUUAUCAGCUAUUAAAAUGGUUACAAGUGUUCUCUUACAAUCCUCCAAGUUGAGCUCAUACUCCAGACAAUGCUUGAAGGCCGUAUCACAGCGUCGGACUUUCACAAGCCAGCUGACUGAGCAGCAGCAGGCAGUCCAGGAGCUGGCUAGGAACUUCGCUCAGGAACACUUGAAACCUAAUGCAGCUAAAUACGAUAAGGAGGGUCGCUUUCCAUUCGACAGUAUCAAAGGUCUCACAGACUUAGGCCUUAUGGGAGCCUGCGUGGAUGAAUCCUACAACGGCAUGGGGCUGGACUACCUCUCCUUAGCUUUGGCAGUGGAGGAGGUGUCCAGAGGAUGUGCGAGUACUGGCAUGAUACUCUCCAUCCACAACUUCCUUUACGCCAACCUGGUGAAUGAGAAGGGAUCCCCCGAACAGAAGGAAGUCUUCCUCAAGAACUUCACUAAAGGAUCUCUGGGGUGCUUCGCUCUUAGUGAACCAGGUGCGGGUACUGACGUCGCGGGCAUAAGGACCACAGCGAGGUUAGAAGGCGACCACUGGGUACUGAACGGUAAGAAGAGCUGGGUGACCACUGCCAUCGAAGGCUCCGCGAUCGUCGUCUUCGCUACUGUUGAUCCUGAACUUAAGCACAAGGGAAUCGCAUGUUUCCUGGUCCCAAUAGAGACUGAAGGCGUUUUCAGAGGAAAGAAGGAGCCAAUCAUGAGUGUUAGCAUGUCUCUCAGGGCGGCGACAGCUUGCAACGUGACGCUGGAGGAGGUCCGCAUCCCGCGACACUACAUGGUGGGGGACGUCGGCGACGGGUUCCUCAUCGCUAUGGGACAACUCGACCAGGGACGAAUUGGGAUCGCUGCGCAUGCUGUUGGUAUCGCUCAAUCCGCCCUCGACACAGCAAUUAACUACGCUAAGGAGAGAGUAGCCUUCGGAAAAUCCCUCACCAGAUUAGCCUCUGUUAAGGACCGGCUAACCGACAUGUGCAUACUAGUGGAGACAGCUCGCCUGGCCACGUACAGGGCGGCCACUGACGUCACGGUGAAGAACAGCGCCAUGGCGAAGUACAUCGCGGGCAGGAACGCCGUCGCCGUCGCCGACCACUGCGUGCAGAUCCUCGGCGGGAGGGGGCUGUCCGUGGACUAUGAUGCUGAGAGGCAUUAUAGGGAUGCCCGAGGCACACAGAUCUACGGCGGUGUCACAGACAUACAGAAGCGUCUCGUGGGACACUACCUGCUGAAGGAACACGACGCGCUGUAGAGCAUGGUAUUACGUAACAUACUCUAGUCUACAUGAGCCAUCCACUGUCUAACGAAUUAUCAACUGUGUUAGAGCAAAAGGACCACAACUAUACUGCCGCUUUGUAAGAGUAAUUUUAGUUUUUCAUGGUGCCUUAAUUUCUGUCUAAUCUUUGCUUGUUUUUUUAUAGUUUAAAAUCGAGUAAAUUUAUUUUGUAAUUUUGUUAGGGUAUACAAAGUUUUGGUUUCUGAAUUUAGGAAUGUGUAUUCAGCUAAUUUUGGUCUAAAAUUUUCGAAUUGGUCCCUGAAUAAAAUUACAUUUGUGAACUAAUUCAGGAUACUGUAAAAAACGUAAUUUAUCCAACCAUAUUAAAAUGUGAAACGAAAUUGGAUAUUUGCAUUUCAUCACGUCUCAUCAAAAAUAUUUCUUGCCUUUUUCUUAUUUACUCCUAUUUCAAUAUUUUUGUUAAAAUCAAUGUUCAAACAUAACGCAUGAAGUUCAAUUGCUAUACACCUACUUGUAAUUUGCUAUACAAUCGAUUAUAAAUCGAUUAGAAAAUUGUUUCACAUUAAGAUAUCGUUCCAUUUACGAUUAUGUACAUUGUGGCUCAAACUGUAGGUACUAAUUACGUGGUUGCAUUCUAUUUUCUAAGCUUAUCGGAAUACGUAUUACUAUCGUAACUAAACUCUUUUAUUUUCAAAGUGGAUAUGGACACGGGAAAACCUUUAUAAUCUUUAACUUUCCCUUUUUGAUUACCUGGUCCUUUUAGGCAUUCUUACUUUACCCGUAAUUGCGAUUCACACUUUUCUGGAUUGAUGAAAAGGUGGACGUGGUCUAUAUCCAUGUUAAAGAUGGUCAAAAUGCAUCGCAUUUAUUACGUAACACUAUAGCUGUAUGUACUUACUAUUUUAUAAAAGACAUUCCAUUUUGAAUGUCGUUUUAAUCGUCUAUUGGUUUUAAAAACCAGUAAGCUAGGUGGCCUAGGUGCCAGUUUACGUAUAUGUUAAACCUCCUUGCCUUCAAUACGUGUCAAAACAAUUGACCAAACCUCUUACUCUACACAACCAAUUGGUAAAUAACGAGGUAUAAAAAUGAACCUUAUCCCUUUAUAAUAACGUUGCGUCAAUAUUAAAGAGUUACUAUAACUGUGAGGUCUAUUGUAUUCGAGCAUUCUUAAUUUCCGUACUUUUUUAAAUAGUUAUUUUACGAAAUGCGCUCGACUGUUUAGGUCAAUAUAAAGUGACUGAUUAAGCAUAAACUAGAUGUAAGUUUAACAACAGACUUGUAAAACGAAUGUCUAUGUAUUAUAAUAACAAUGGAUCGCAUGUCAGAGGAAACUAGUAGCAACAAUCAACCUUAUUGCUUUAACAAUAAGGAUUAAUUCACAACUUUCAAGGAAUUGAAAGUCAGGGUUUCCUCUGAUGUGCAUCGUGGUGUCUAUUCAUGAAAUAAAUGUUCAUAAAAAUCAACAACAA